UUUGAUUUAUAUUAGGAGUCUUCAAGUUGGAGAUUAAAAAGUUAUUUGAAAAAUGGCGGGCAAAAGAAAAUACACAGAUUUGAAGUACAAAUUUAUUCGAGGACUUCAGCGCCAAGAGGUAUACCAAAGGACUAAGCAUUGGUUAAAGUCUUCGGCAGAAUGUACAUCACGUGCCAUUGUAUCAUUAGAAUUGUGUGACAGACCUGUCAAAUCUACAAAACAGGCAGAAAAACUUGAAGGGAUUGGAGCUGAAAUAAAGAAGAAACUAGAGAAAAUAAAAGACGAUGAUUUUGUGAGUGAGGACCCCCCAGUUAGAGGGAGAUUUGUAUCAUCAGCUGGGGCUAUUAUAAUGGCUUUGUUAGAAGCUACAGAACUAGCCUAUGCUGAAGGACACAGUAAGGAUAGCUCAGUUCUAGUCCCUGAAGAUGUAGUUAAGACUAAAGCUAAAGAAAUGUGUGAUGAACAGUUAUUAGAUCUGGAGGAUGAAGACACAACUUUAUGUAUAUGUCCAGCAUGGUGGCGUGUUGAAAUACUCAUCAAAAGAGAUUUGGUCAAGAGGAGAAUUUUUAACAAAGUGCCAGUCUAUGUUUUGUUGCCAUCAGGAACUGAAGAGGCUUUAAAAUUAAGAGAAAGAAGUGGAAGGUUACCAGUUAGUGGUAGUCAUGUGAUACCCUGGUCCACUAUUCCUGAUAACAAUGAUGUCCUCUAUACUAACUACGAUGGAUCAGAUGGUGUAGUUCUAUUGGUUGAUAUAUCUGAGAUGGGAGGAGACAGAGUUGGUCUAGGAGAUCUUUGUAGAAUGAUAGAAGGUGUUAACAUUAAGUACAAGACGAGAAAACUUCUUGUUGGAGACUACAGUUGGGUCUGGAACUGUGAUGGAACAGAAAGAAUUCUACCAUUUCUUGUUGAAAGGAAAAGAGCAGAUGAUGUUGCCAGGACUUUGAAGGAAGGGAGAUUUUGGACACAGGUAACUAAAAUGGUGGCGUGGAAACAGCAGUUCACAGCACAAGGACUACAAUGUCAGUUACAGUAUAUUGUGGAAGGGGAACCAGAACAGUAUAUGGUCAAAUGUAUGGAUGGUUGUCAAGGUGUUGGGAUGUGUGGUAACCCUACAGUUAUUCAGGUCAAGAAUGCACUGAAAGAUUUGAGGUCCCAUCCAGAUUUGAAUGUACAACAAACAGAGAAUUUACAAGAUACUGUCAUCAUGUUGGCAUCAAUUACAAUAGAACUUCAACAGAGAGUGAAAAAGGGUGAUUUUGAUGAAAUGGUUGUAAAAGAAUUAAACAGUAAAGAAGGAGGGAAGAAGAAAGAAGAAUUUUAUAUUAUUGACAGUGAUAAUGAAGAUGAUGUUGCUAUUAUUGAUGACAAGCAUGAUAGUAAUCAUCCUGGGAGGUUUGAUUCUCAGGAUGUUUUCAUAGAAGAAACUGUAGAAACUUCCCUGUCAUAUAAGAGGUCAAAUUUUGAAAAGAAUAGGGACAAACAAUCAAAUACUGGUGCUGCUCGGGAAACCAAUCUCCCAAAAGAUUCAUUAUGUAUGGAAAACUUGACACAAAUUCAGCUGUCUCCAGAUGCCAAAAAAUCAACAGGAUUUUCUGGUGAAACAAACACUUAUUCAAAAUCAGAUAUACCUCAGAAAGAAAGGGAAAGGUCAGCUGUGCCUUUUGAAGAGUUUCCACUUGAGCCUUUUGUGCAGUAUCACUGUUCUAAAGGAAUACAGGCCACACCUCCAAAACGGAGAAAUACACCAUCAAAAUAUCAUGUACCUGGGGCUUAUAAGCCAAAGAUGAACUACAUUGAUGACAGUGUAUUUGAUAAUAACAAUUCAGGGUUAAAUAAUGCAACUGUGAAUAAUACUAAAUAUCAGAGAAAAACUGAGGACAAUAAAACAACAGACAGUUGGUUGGAUGUGAAAAACAAGACUUUAAAACACAAACUGGAUAACACUGAUACAAAAACUGAAAGUGUUGGUAAGAAAUACUGUCCACGUACCAAGGUAUUUAAAUUGAAGUCAGUUUCAACUGCCAGUGAAAGCGAGUCAAUAGAAAAUCCAAUUAGUUGGUCAGAUGAGGAACAGCCAUCAACAUCAGCUUUCACACCCAAAUCCAACCCUUACAGAAGAACAGUCAGAAAAACAAGCAUAGACAGUGCAAUAUCUAGUGAAGAGAAGGCUGCUACUAGUAAACAAAUAGACAACUUUAUUAAAACUGUUAAAACAAAAAACAGAAGAAAAUUUGACAGUGCUUUGUCAGACUCCGACAGUGAUGAUUUACCUGAUCUUAAUUUCAAUAGCACGUCUCCUGUGCAUUCUGCAUAUCAACAAUCCCAUUUAUCAGAGACAUAUUCAAAAGGGCCAAGGAUAAAAGUUACUGGGACAAAACACAAAUAUGUUUCCUUGACAACAGAACAAAAACAAAGUGUACAGACAGUGAAAUGUAUUUUACCACAGCUAUCAGAGGAUGAGGUUAAAGUAGCCUUAGAGAGACAUUCAUGGAAUGUAGAUCUUACUGUAGCAGAACUGUUAGAUACAGUCAUUGUUUUAUAGAAGUACCUGAGAAAUAAAAAUUACAGUAUGAUCCAUGGCCAAAAGUAAAUUUUGGAUGUGUACCCACAUAUCUUUAUGGAAAUUUUAAAUGGUUGUAUUUUUUAAGCCAUCAUGUGCAAUUCAAACCCAUGAUCUUUGACUUUUUGAAAUAUAUGUAGUUGCUAAAUGAUUAUAAUUUUAGAAAGCUCAUCUUUGAAUUAUUAGCUCACCUGACCUGAAAGGUCAAGUGAGCUUUUCUCAUCACUUGGCGUCCGUCGUCUGUAAACUUUUACAAAAAUCUUCUCUGAAACUACAGGGCCAAAUUUAACCAUACUUGGUCAUAAUCAUCCUUGGGGUAUCUAGUUUAAAAAUGUGUCUGGUGAACUGAUCAUCCAACCAAGAUGGCCGCCAUGGCUAAAAAUAGAACAUAGGGGUAAAAUACAGUUUUUUGGCUUAUAACUCAAAAACCAAAGCAUUUAGAGCAAAUUUGACGAAGGGUAAAACUGUUGUUCAGGUCAAAAUCUAUCUGCCCUGAAAUUUUCAGAUGAAUCUGUCGACUCCUUGUUGGGUUGCUGCCCCUGAAUUGGUUAUUUUAAGGAAAUUUUGCAGUUUUUGGUUAUUAUCUUGAAUACUAUUAUAGAUAGAGAUAAACUGUAAAAGCAAUAAUGUUCAGCAAAGAAAGACCUACAAAUAAGUCAACAUGACCAAAAUUGUCAGUUGACCCCUUAAGGAGUUAUUGCCCUUUAUAGUCAAUUUUUAACCACUUUUUGUCAAUUUUUGUAACUUGUACAAAAAUCUUCUUCUCUGAAACUACAUGACCAAAUUUAAACAAACUUGGCCACAAUUAUCAUUGUAGUAUAUAGUUUUAAAAAUGUGUCCGAUGACCCCGCCUCCCAAACAAAAUGGCCGACAUGGCUAAAAUUAGAACAUAGUGAUAAAAUGCAGUUUUUGAUUUAUAUCUUUGAAACUAAGACAUUUAGGGUAAAUCUUUCAAGAUGUAAAUGUCCAUCAGAAUAAGAUCUAUUCCCUCACAAAUUUUCAGAUGGAUCUGACAACUUGUUGUUGGGUUGCUGCCCUAAAAUUGGUAAUUUUAAGGAAAUUUUGCAGUUUUUGGUUAUUAUCUUGAAUACUAUUAUAGAUAGAGAUAAACUGUAAACAGCAAUAAUGUUCAGCAAAAUAAGAUUUACAAAUAAGUCAACAUGAUCAAAAUUGUUAGAGGACCCAUUAAGGAGUUAUUUCCCUUUUAAAUCAAUAUUGAACAACUUUUCGUCAUUUUUGUAACUUGUACAAAAAUUUCUUUUCUAAAACUAUGGGCCAUUAUAACCAAACUUGGCCAAAAUCAUAACUAGGGUAUCUAUUAAAAAAAAGUGUCUAAUGAGCCAACCUACCAACCAAGAUGACCGACAUCAGUAAAUACAGUAACAGGUGAGCGACACAGGCUCUUGAGAGCCUCUAGUUU